UGGCGGGCAGCGGCGGCCGAUUCGGUGCCGGCAAGCCCCGCCCGCCGGCGGGCCGAGGCCGGCCCCCCCUUCCCUCCGCCGCCCCCUCCGCGGCAGCCCGCCAGCAGCGCCACAGCAGGCGCGGGGCCGGCUCGCUCCGCGCUGCCUCCUCGCCCGCUCGCCCGCCCGCUCGCCCCGCCGCCCCGCCGCUCCCAUGCAGGCCGGCGGCGAGGCAGAAGAUGGCUGACUCGCCGGGGCACCCGCGCCCCUGCCCGCCCGCGACCCCCGCCCGCCCGCCGCCGCCACCGCCACCGCCGCGCUCCCCCCGGGCCCUCCGCGGCGCCGCCUGCCACCACUGAGAGCCGCCGCCGCCGCCACCCCCCCCCCGCGCCCCUCCCGGCCCCCCCAAGAGCACCAGCAGCCAUUUCAUCUCCACCACCACCACCACCAAGUCGGCGCAAAAAAUGGCAGAAAUGGAGAAAGAAGGGAGACCUCCCGAAAAUAAAAGGAGCAGGAAGCCGGCUCACCCGGUGAAGCGGGAGAUCAACGAGGAGAUGAAGAACUUUGCAGAAAACACUAUGAAUGAGCUCCUUGGCUGGUACGGUUAUGAUAAGGUUGAAUUGAAAGAUGGAGAAGAUAUUGAAUUCAGGAACUACUCGGCAGACGGGGAAAGCCGCCAGCACAUUUCUGUUCUCAAAGAAAAUUCUUUGCCAAAACCAAAAUUACCUGAGGACAGUGUUAUUUCACCGUACAAUAUAAACCCAGGCUACCCAGGGCUUGCCACAGGAAAUGGACUUUCAGACUCACCAGCAGGGUCGAAGGAUCACGGGAAUGUACCUAUUAUUGUCCCAUUAAUUCCACCACCUUUCAUAAAGCCACCAGCAGAAGAUGAUGUGUCAAAUGUACAAAUAAUGUGUGCCUGGUGCCAGAAAGUUGGAAUCAAGCGCUAUUCCCUGAGUAUGGGAAGUGAAGUGAAAUGCUUCUGCAGCGAGAAGUGCUUUGCAGCUUGCCGAAGAGCAUAUUUCAAGAGAAACAAGGCUAGAGAUGAAGAUGGACAUGCUGAAAAUUUUCCCCAGCAGCACUAUGCUAAGGAAACUCCAAGACUUGCCUUCAAGAAUAACUGCGAACUACUUGUAUGUGACUGGUGUAAGCACAUAAGACACACAAAAGAGUAUCUGGAUUUUGGGGACGGGGAAAGAAGGCUUCAGUUCUGCAGUGCAAAAUGUCUCAAUCAGUACAAAAUGGACAUUUUCUACAAAGAGACACAGGCCAAUCUUCCAGCUGGACUGUGCAGUACAUUACAUCCUCCAGUCGAAAAUAAAGCAGAAGGCACUGGGGUGCAGCUGCUGACUCCAGAUUCUUGGAAUAUACCGCUAGCAGAUGCUCGGAGAAAAGCCCCAUCCCCAGCGUCUGCAGCUGGCCAAAUUCAAGGUCCUGGACCAUCAGCGUCUACCACUGCCUCUCCGUCUGACACUGCCAACUGCUCUGUCACUAAAAUCCCCACACCAGUUCCCAAACCUAUUCCCAUCAGUGAGAAUCCAAAUAUUCCACCAGUUUCUGUCCAGCCACCUGCUAGCAUUGUGCCUCCAAUUGGUGUCCCACCUCGCAGUCCUCCCAUGGUGAUGACAAACCGUGGGCCAGUUCCUCUGCCCAUAUUCAUGGAACAGCAAAUUAUGCAGCAAAUCCGUCCACCAUUUAUUCGUGGGCCGCCUCACCAUGCCUCAAAUCCUAACAGCCCUCUCUCAAAUCCAAUGAUCCCUGGAAUCGGUCCCCCACCAGGUGGUCCCAGAAAUAUGGGUCCCACCUCCAGCCCCAUGCACAGACCGAUGCUUUCCCCUCAUAUCCAUCCCCCCACAACACCUACCAUGCCUGGGAAUCCUCCAGGCUUGUUGCCGCCUCCCCCUCCUGGAGCUCCUUUGCCCAGUCUUCCCUUUCCCCCUGUCAGCAUGAUGCCAAAUGGUCCUAUGCCUAUGCCACAGAUGAUGAACUUUGGAUUGCCAUCCCUUGCCCCGCUGGUGCCACCCCCAACUCUACUAGUGCCAUAUCCCGUCAUUGUCCCUUUGCCUGUCCCCAUCCCCAUUCCCAUCCCCAUUCCUCACAUCAAUGACUCCAAACCCCCCAAUGGCUUCUCCAGCAACGGCGAAAGCUUCAUUCCAAGUACCUCCAGCGAGACGCCUGGGGCAAAGCCAACCAAUAGCUCUUCAUCCCCUCGAGAGUCAAAGCAAGGAUCGUCUAAAUCCUCUGACUCCUCACCGAGCUGCUCAGGCCAGUCCCUAAAUCAAGCUCAAGUGCUUCAGGAGCACAGUAAAAAUGAAGUUGUUGACUUGACUGUCAGACCUAGUAGUCCAGUGAACAGUAAAUUUGGUUUCCCCAGUGUGCUGCAGGGUCCGCAGGACGGUGUGAUAGACCUAACAGUAGGCCACCGGUCUAGGCUGCACAAUGUUAUCCACAGGGCUUUACACGGCCCGGUGAAAGUUGAACGUGAACCUAACAGUGUUGUAAAUUUGGCUUUUGGUAGCUCAGACAAAAGGAACUGCAGUGACUGCAGGGACAACUGCAGCCCAGUUGACUCAAAAACGUUACCGUGCAGUGACGGAGCUCACUGCUGUCCUGUCUCCUUGCCCUCCGGCACGCCGGGACUGGAAGCUGGUGCAGCGGUGUGCAACGUCAUUGUGAAUGGCACGAAGAGCACGGAGGGUUCCAAGAACCCGGAGCCGCCCCAGGAGCCGAAAAAGCCCCAGCCCCCAGAGGAGCUGGCGGUGAGCGAGCUGGAGUCCGUUAAGGAGAACAACUGCGCAUCAAACUGCCACCUGGAGGGAGAUGCUGGCAAGAAGAGCGGGGAAGAGCCCCUUGCUGGGGGAGACAAACAGGACCCAAACCUUAACAAUCCAGCAGACGAGGACCAUGCGUAUGCUUUGCGGAUGCUGCCUAAGACGGGUUGCGUGAUCCAGCCUGUGCCAAAACCAGCAGAAAAGACUGCUAUCGCGCCGUGCAUUAUCUCAACGCCAAUACUCAGCACAGGGCCAGAGGAUCUGGAGCCACCAUUGAAAAGGAGGUGUCUCCGAAUUCGAAAUCAGAAUAAGUAAAGGAACGCUCGCCGACAGGGUACCUUGCAUGGAGAAAGGGAGCAGAGCAAACCACGUCACUCCACCGAAUGACACCAGCUGGUCCGCUCACCACCCCCUCCGGCUGAAAGUCCAGCAAAGAAAGCAGCUUCCUGUCACGAAGCCCCUCCGAGGAAGCCUCGGUCCCACGGGUGCCUUUGACCCAGAAGACAGCACAUCAUGGACCCACACAGUGUGCUCAGCAUUCCUGCGACCACCCCUCUUCUCCUCCAAGGAACGCUUUUUCCUCUUGGUUUCUUGCUGGGGGGGAUUUUUCACCCUGGUUUCAAAAACCACACGGACCAACAUAGGUACUUUUCCCUCUCUGACUUCAAAGUUCAGAUAUUUGAGACUGGACAAUGAUACGGAUUUUUUUUUUUAAUUUUUUUUUUUCCUUCGAAAAACUGCUGUGGUUUUGCUGCUACACUAAGAAUCGUGAUUUGCAUUGUAUGGUUUUGGACCUAUUCAAGUUUUGAUGGGGGAAAGGGGUAAUACUGGAGUAGCAACGCUUCAGAGUCAUCUCUGUCCUACCCAUGAUGCACUUUUAAAUGAAGAGUUAGAAUAUUUUAUUGGCUAAUAUACUUUCCUUGUUAUUUUUACAAAGGCCACCUUUAUCCUUUCUAAUGCCAUAUUUUCAGUGUUACACUUUUAUGGCUUUUAAUUUUUGAUUUGACAGAUGUAAGAAGCAGCAUGAAUAGUUUAUACUGUGGUUUUUCAGAGACUGAAUGCCAAGAGAACUCAGUAAAUGUUUAUUCUUCUCAGCUUUCUCUUUAAAUUCCCCUAAAUAGCGCCCCAUUUGGGAACAGAGCAAGAGUGUUGAACUAAAGACCAAAAUUCCCUCAAGGUGUAAAAUAAUCUGAGGGGAAUAUUUGCUGGGCGUCACGAAAGACUUGGAUGAAAUUUCAACCCUGAUGGUUUUCAGUGAUCCAGGAAGGCAGUGAGACAAUCUCUCCAUAUGCAUAGCCCUUUCAUGAUAAUUAGAAUGGUAUGGACAAACCAAUGAAAACAAGGGUAAAGUGAGAAAGAUCCCCCAUGAUUCUGUUUCACUGUUUGCUUUCUCCUGUCAUGGUUAAGAGAAAUGUGCAAUUCGAUCCUCAAUCAGUGGGUGGAGGAUAACAGGGUAGAAUUUACUUGUGUGCACUUGUACAGUUGUAGCCAAGAGUCCAAAAGUACACUAGAGCAUGUUAUACUGGCACUGAAUUGGUAAGAGAGUUGUGGAGUAUCCCAUUCUGACAAAUACAAAAAAGAAAAAAAAAGAAAAAAAAAAAAACAAAAAACCCCCAUAAAAACCCCACAAAAAAAUCAAAAAGAAAGAAAAAAAAACUUAAAAAAAAAAAUCAGAUCACCUUGUGAUUCAGUGUAACUGUUUACUAACUCGAAUAAAGCAAUUGUUCACUCUCGAGUGUUCAGAGUACACCUUUUCUAUAAGGCUGCUGCGGGGAAGUGAGGAGCAGUUUGCAGGAGCAGUGUGUGGCUGUCUCAGCGGUGUUGGGAGCAGGGUAGCAGAGUCAGUUGAACCAGAGCCUUGUAGUGAUGGUGCACUAUGAGCACUAUGUAUAUACUGUAUUUCUAUAUUUUCCUUUGUACAGAUUCACUUAAGUCAAGCUACUGUUUUACAGGUGCUCCUUAUUUAUUAGAGCUGUGAAAGCUUGGAAAACACACCGGGCGAGUAAGCUCGCUUUUUAAAAAAAAAAUACAAAAACCCAACAAAAAAACAAAAAAGAGGGAGAAAUCCAACAACUCCUGAGUCUAGGGAGAGAGCUCAAAGAGAUGCCGAUGAAACAUCUUCAAGAGAGCAAGAAUCUGCAGCACCCUCAGUGUGCUCUGCUUUCCUUUUGGGCUUGCAACGCUUUUCUCUCUCCCUGACUGGUGUCAGAUUUAUUAAAACAAAAUAAAUCUCCAAG